AUGAGGGUGAGGACUGGUCCUUCAGUUGUCAACUCAACUGAUGAUGAAGAUGCCGCCAUGGUCAUCGCCAUUGUGGGGAUUGUUGAGGAUUGCUUUGAUUGCCUUCAAAUCCAUUCAAUUCACUCUCACCUUUUCCUAGACGAUAACAACAAACAAACUUGUAUUUUCUCUCUCUAUCUCUCUGUCUCCGCUUUCAAUUUCCACAGUUCUGGCUUUUUCUUGGAGGCUGUGGAGGGUGCUCCUUUUAUGUUGAGCAGGCUUAGUUAUGCUAUUCUCCAAUGCUUCAUCCGCGGUGGUGGAUCCUCUAUGUCUUCCGGCAAACCAUUAUUGUCUACCUCUGAACUGUCAUCUGCGCCAAGCCCUCACCAUCGCUGUCACUCAUCACUGACAAUCAGCUCACUGGGACGUCUGUGUCACAACACAUCGAUCUCUUCAUAUGUUACUGACGAGACACAAGAUAGCAAUUCUUACUAUCGAAACGAUGAAUUGGAGGACGAAUUGGAGGAAGACAUUGCCCCGUUAGGAGGUGGUUUAAGGAAUUCUGUUGAAUGUCCUGCUUAUCUUCAAACCAGAAAGAAGUUCGAGUCAGUUGACCUUCAGGUGCCACUUCCCCUACCUGAGAGAAAACUCCUUGUGUCAUGGGGUGGUGUGACGGAUCCACAGCACGUUUGGUCUAUGCAUGAAGUUUCUGAGGCUUCAUCUCAAGCUGUUUCUUCUGGGAUCCAGGAUUAUUUGAACAAGUCCCAGAGGUCUGAGAGGUUCCUUCAGAUAAGCAUGCAGCUUAAAGAAAAUUUAUCACAUCAUGAUAACCCUAGGUUGAUCCAUAUUAAUGAUCCUAAGAGGACUAAUGAUAAUUUUGAGUUUUCUGGGAAUGAGAUCCGGACCAGUAAAUAUACAUUCCUUAAUUUUUUGCCUAAGAAUCUCUUCAUUCAGUUCCACCGGGUUGCUUAUUUGUAUUUUUUAGCUAUUGCUGCUCUGAACCAGCUUCCACCUCUUGCUGUCUUUGGGAGAACAGUAUCCCUUGUCCCUCUUCUGUUUGUGCUUACUGUAACAGCUGUAAAAGAUGGUUAUGAGGACUGGCGAAGACACAGGUCAGACAGGAAUGAGAAUAACCGGGAAGCUCUAGUGCUUCAAUCUGGGGAAUUCAAUCCAAAAAGAUGGAAAAAGUUACAGUCUGGUGAGGUAGUGAAGAUCUGUUCUGAUGAGACAAUUCCUUGUGAUAUGGUGUUGCUGAGUACAAGUGAUCCUAGUGGAAUUGCCUAUAUCCAGACAAUGAAUUUGGAUGGCGAGUCAAACUUGAAGACAAGGUAUGCAAGGCAAGAAACAAAUAAAUUAUUACUUGAUGGGACAAUAAUAUCCGGGGUUAUCACAUGUGAACAGCCAAACAGGAAUAUCUACGAGUUCACAGCCAACUUGGAGAUAAAAGGGCAAAGGUUUCCUCUCAGCCAGUCGAACAUUAUUUUGCGAGGUUGUCAGCUUAAGAACACAGAAUGGGCAAUUGGAGUAGUAGUUUAUGCUGGACAGGAGACAAAAGCUAUGCUGAACAGUGCAAUGUCACCUGCUAAACGCAGCAGAUUGGAAACCUACAUGAACCGGGAAACAUUUUGGUUGUCAGUUUUUCUUUUAAUCAUGUGCCUUGUUGUUGCAAUUGGGAUGGGCUUAUGGUUAAAUAGCCACAAGAAUCAACUUGAUACAUUGCCUUAUUACCGGAAAAUAUAUUUUGAGAAGAAGAAGUUCGGGAAAAAGUACAAAUAUUAUGGAAUUCCAAUGGAGACCUUUUUUUCUUUUUUGAGUUCUAUCAUUGUGUUUCAGAUAAUGAUUCCGAUAUCUCUUUAUAUCACUAUGGAGCUGGUUCGGUUGGGACAAUCAUAUUUCAUGAUUGGUGACAGGCAUAUGUAUGACAGUAGCUCUGAUUCAAGGUUUCAGUGCAGAUCCUUGAAUAUUAAUGAGGAUUUGGGACAAAUACGCUAUGUAUUUUCUGAUAAGACGGGCACACUAACAGAAAACAAGAUGGAAUUCAGAAAAGCAAGUGUUUGGGGAAAGCGAUAUGGUAGCACACUCUCUGUGGAUGGAACAGGCCACACAAAUGUUGGAGCGGAAGCUGUCUUGGAGGCUAGAAGAACAUGGAAGCUCAAAUCUGAAAUUACCCCUGAUUCUGAACUCCUCAAAUUGUUGCACAAUGAUUUGUCUGAAGACGAAAGGAUUGCUGCACACGAAUUUUUUCUGACACUCGCAGCAUGUAAUACCGUGAUUCCUAUUCCCACCCAAUCUCCAUCUUCUAUUGACACUGACAGUACAUUGGGGGCCAGUUAUGGAAUCAUCGAUUAUCAGGGUGAAUCUCCUGAUGAACAGGCACUGGUUGCUGCAGCGUCUGCCUAUGGGUAUACCCUUUUCGAGCGGACAUCUGGGCAUAUUGUAGUUGAUGUCAAUGGUGAGAAAUUAAGGUUGGUUGUUUUGGGUCUUCAUGAGUUUGAUAGCGUGCGUAAAAGAAUGUCUGUUGUUAUCAGAUUUCCAAAUGAUACUGUAAAGGUAUUGGUGAAGGGGGCUGAUACAUCUGUGUUCAGCAUUUUAAAGAGAGACCAUCCUGAUGAUAAUCAUACAAAACAUGCUACACAGAGUCAUCUGAAUGAAUAUUCAUCUGAAGGUUUGCGCACCCUAGUUGUUGCUUCUAGGGACCUUACAGGUGAAGAACUCGUGGAAUGGCAGUCCAUGUACGAAGAUGCAAGCACAUCCUUGACAGACAGAUCUAUAAAAUUGCGUCAAACAGCAGCUCUUGUAGAAUGUGACUUGACCCUACUUGGGGCCACUGCAAUCGAGGAUAAGUUACAAAAGGGUGUACCAGAAGCCAUUGAGUCCCUGCGGCAAGCCGGAAUAAAGGUGUGGGUUCUUACUGGAGAUAAACAAGAGACAGCCAUUUCUAUUGGUCUUUCUUGCAAACUCUUGACUGCAGAUAUGGAACAGAUUAUUAUAAAUGGAACUUCAGAGAGUGAAUGUAGAAAAUUUCUUUGUGAUGCUAAGGCCAAAUAUUGUGUGAAAUCUGCAAAUAGCUGUGACCAGAUAUCAGAAUGGAGAAAGAAUACUGAAAAUCAUUACCUUGAGAUUCCUCUUGGCAAAAAGUUAUCUAGUUUACAACAGCAGAAUGCAGGACAGGAGGAAGGAACUUCUUUUGGACCACUAGCACUUAUAAUUGACGGGAAUAGUCUGGUUUACAUAUUAGAGAAAGAUCUGGAGUCUGAGCUAUUUGACCUCGCAACUUCGUGUAAGGUUGUGCUUUGUUGUCGUGUAGCACCCUUGCAAAAGGCUGGAAUUGUAGACCUGAUCAAAUGUCGGAGCGAUGAUAUGACUCUAGCCAUUGGUGAUGGGGCUAAUGAUGUUUCCAUGAUCCAAAUGGCGGAUGUUGGUGUUGGAAUAUGUGGUCAAGAAGGGCGUCAAGCAGUAAUGGCCUCAGAUUUUGCAAUGGGACAGUUCAGAUUUUUGAAACGAUUGCUUUUGGUGCAUGGACAUUGGAAUUAUCAGCGCAUCGGUUAUCUGGUUCUUUAUAACUUCUACCGUAAUGCUGUUUUCGUGUUAAUGCUUUUCUGGUACAUUCUGUAUACAGCUUUUUCAACGACUUCUGCACUGACAGACUGGAGCAGUGUUUUUUAUUCGGUUUUAUAUACUUCACUACCUACUAUUGUUGUCGGUAUUUUGGACAAGGACUUAAGUCACAAGACAUUGUUGAAUUAUCCAAAACUCUAUGCUGCAGGCCAUCGGCAGGAGAGCUAUAAUAUGUCCCUCUUCUGGAUCACUAUGCUCGACAUGCUAUGGCAGAGCCUUGUUCUCUUCUAUAUACCCUUGUUCACCUAUAGGGAUAGCACAAUUGACAUAUGGAGUAUGGGUAGUUUGUGGACAAUUGCAGUUGUUAUCUUAGUCAAUAUGCAUUUGGCAAUGGAUAUUCAGCGCUGGGUUGUUAUUACUCACAUCUCAUUAUGGGGAUCAAUAAGUAUCACAUACGGUUGCAUGGUGGUGCUUGAUUCUAUACCCGUGUUUCCUAAUUAUGGUACAAUAUACCAUCUGGCAAAGUCACCAGCUUAUUGGCUCUCCAUUUUCCUCAUAACAGUUGUAGGGUUGCUUCCUCGUUUUGUUUUCAAAGUUCUGCAACAAAUUUUCUGGCCUUCAGAUAUCCAAAUUGCCAGAGAAGCAGAAAUACUGAGAAAAAGACGGCCUUUUUUUGGUCCGAAGCCAGAUCGGAUUUCAAGCUGA